AUGCUGAGCGAUCUCGCGGAGCGAGCCAGUCUUUGUGUGGCUCCCCUCGAGAUACCCCCGUCCCAGCUGGAAGACGCUGCCAAUGGAUCGUGCAACUCGUCGCAACAGCACGUCAAUCUCUAUCUGCAAUCCCACAUGACCUCCCCCGCCACUCCCAAAGGCUCCCAGGAGGACCUGUCGCCCGAGGCGGCCGUCGACCCGCCCCUCUUCCACAACUUCCUACGGGCCUUCUUCCCCUUCAGCCCCAGUUGCGCCAUGACCGAGUCGAGCGUCACCCUGCCGCUCGACGAGGGAGACGUCGUCUUGGUGCACUCGGUCCACACCAACGGAUGGGCAGACGGAACCCUGCUGGCCACGGGCGCCAGGGGCUGGCUGCCCACAAACCAUUGUAAUGCCUACGAGCCCGACGACAUGCGCAGCCUCCUCAACGCUCUUCUAAACUUCUGGGACCUUUUGCAGAGCACGUCCAUGGACGACAAUGAAAUCUUCAGGAACCAAGAGUUCAUGAAGGGCAUCAUCGCCGGCGUCCGCUCUCUCCUGGAACGCACAAACUGCCUGAACAGAGAGUCUCCAAGUGUCAGAAGGGCGCUCUCAACCCCGGAGGACGUCAACGACCUCGAUGAGAUGAUUCUCAAGGCAUUCAAGAUCGUCAUCAAGGCCGUCCGGUUCCUCGAUAUCCUGGACGAAGACACCAAGUCCCGGGCUUCGGCCGCUGUCACCGUCGUAGCCACCGUCGCCGAGGAAUCGUAUGUACCGCCGACGCCCGCCGAGCAAGCAACCUUGGACGCCAACAGCGGAUCCGGCGCGCCAGCGUCGGAACUGGGCGGACUUCGGCUGCAAACGCUCCUGCCUCGCCCUGGGGCAAGCGCCUGA